AACUGUAAUAACCGCAAUAACCAGAACCAGUGUCUCGCUGGAAAAUCCUUCAUUCUCUAGUUAUCCAAACAUCCCCAAAACACACACACACACACACUCUCUCUCUAUCUUCAGAGAGAAGUAUGGUCUCAGGCUCUUUGUCAAUACUCUCUUCCACAUCUUCAUUUCUAUCCAAUUCCAACACCGAUACAGCUUCCACUUCCAUAUCCACUAAACCCAGACCCAGAUCCUCCAACUCCUUCAAACGCAGCCUUGGCUUCCCCAAACCUCUCAAUUUGGCAAUCCCCAGAGCUUCGUUGAAACAGCUUAUUGAAGAUGGCUCUGCAGAGCAGUUUUUGCAGAACAAUUCCAUUGCAGACUUCAUGAGGUUCAAGAAGGGUGAUGGUGGUGUUGAUGGAGGAGGCACUGCGGAGUUACAGACUGCUGUGGUCAGCUACAGAAAGAAGUUUCCUUGGUCCCUUUUGCGCCCUUUUCUUCAGGUUGAUUUGGUUUCGACGAUUCACAUUGCGGAUAAAGAAUAUUUUGCAACCCUCCAGAAGGAACUUGAACCAUAUGACUGUGUCCUCUAUGAAAUGGUGGCUAGCAGAGAGAGUUUAGAAAAUAGAAGAAACGCCACUGCUACAAAAAGACUUAAAGGCUUACGCUCUCGAGGUUUUAACAUCCUCGGAUGCAUCCAGCGACAGAUGGCUCGAGUUCUUACGCUUGAUUUCCAAUUAGACUGUCUAGAUUACCAGGCUGAGAAUUGGUACCAUGCAGAUCUUGACUAUGAGACCUUCAAAUUACUUCAGAUUGAAAAAGGUGAAAGUUUUUUUACUUUUGCGAGAGAUAUGACUCUUCGAUCAACAAAAGCUAUGGUGCAGCCCCCUUCAAUUCCAGAAGACCUUGAUCCUUGGAGAACCAAGCUUCUAUGGGCUUCACGUGUGCUUCCUAUGCCACUUGUUGGCCUUCUCAUUAUUGGAAGUGUUUGUGAUACGGGAAGCCAGGCAUCAGAAUAUCCAGAACUUGAAGCCUUGUCUAGGCUUGAUCUUGGUGCUGCAAUGAAGGUCUUCUUGGCAAAGCGACUAACAUCUGAGUUUACACAGGUGACAGCAGACGUAGAGGACGGAUCUGUUAUUAUUGGUGAGAGGAACAGAGCUGCGUUAGAGGCACUUAGAAGAGCAAUGGAUGAGGGCAAUAAUAGGAUUGCCAUACUGUAUGGGGGUGGCCACAUGCCGGACUUAGGGAGAAGAUUACGAGAGGAGUUUGACCUAAUCCCUAACCGAGUGCAGUGGAUAACAGCUUGGUCUAUAAGGAAUCGGAUUCUAAAUAGCAAUUCCCUUCCAUUUCUUAAGACACUGGCCAAAGUCUCAGGUUGGCCACUAAAUCGCUACCAGACAUUGGCACUGCUCAUCUUUUCCUCAGUGCUGGCAAUAGAUCUUUGGUUUUGGGAGCUCUUUUUCGGCAAUGUAGUUAACUGGAUCUCGCAACUUGUAUCUGAAGUUUUUCAAUAUGUUGAUAAUGCACAGGUGAUGUGAUAAUUGUAACUCAUAUGCAUUUACUACUAGACAUUCUUUAUAAGCUUGUGUAAAUAUUUUAAACUUGUCUGAUUAAUAGAUAGUAAAUCACUUGGUCAGUCCAAA